AUGACUGCAGACAAAGAUACAGAUACAGACAUAGAAACACGCACAAAGAAUGCAUGUAACGCAUUCCUUAGCCUCGCACUGGCCGUUUGCCUACUGGCCCUGGCCGCUGCCGAUGUCUCCCAUCUGCCGCUGGAGCAGCUCGAACGGCAGCCGGAACCCGAACAUGGCUACGGCUACGACUAUCCCAAGCCGGUGGUGCCCUUUGUAAUAGCCAGCACGACGACGCCUGCACCUACGCCCGCACCUACCUACCUGCCACCACCCACACCUGUGCCCACCUAUCUGCCACCGCCACCACCCACACCUGUGCCCACCUACCUGCCACCCCCACCACCACCCACCACAACGACGCCUGCCCCAACGCCAGCUCCAACCUAUCUGCCGCCUCCACCACCCACUACGACAACGACGACGACGACGACGACGACGACGACGCCUGCGCCCACGCCCACGCCUGCGCCCACAUAUCUGCCGCCCAUCAUUGUGCCGGAGCCGAAGCCAGAGCCGGGCUAUCACUAUGACGCACCCGCCGAGCCCUUCAUAUUCUAA